UUAUUGAUUUCAGGAACAAUUAUUCAAAAUUAUUCAUUAUGUUUCCGCUUCACGAGAAGCAACUCCGAUAACAAAUCCCUUAAUCAAGGUAAACAAAAUAAUACCCUGAUUCAAAACAAAGACUUUCAAGUUAAUUCUGUUGAUGUAUCUGGAAUUGCAGCACGAGAAGGCAUCAACUUUACUACAAUAUCUACUGAUUACGAAAAUGGAGAAAUGCACAUUACUAAGCCUUUAUCAAUACAUGUUUAA